GCUUCUCGCCAAACUGAGGCUGGGUACUAGAACGGACACUUGUGGGAUGAGGCUUUUGGGGCGAUUAGAUUGGCAGGGUUGAAAAGGUUCGGCCAAAGACCCAGGCAGGCAUAGAUGAGUUGGAUCAGGAAGAUUGUGCCAGAAGGCCAUAACUUUGGUCUUGUGCAUCAAAGAAGAACAGCUCUGGCGGGGAGGAAUGGGAGGAGGCUUGUGCCCAGGCCCUGGCUCUCCCACUUCAGUUUGUAUUGGGCUGAGAGGGGACCUCGCCCCAAGGGAUGGAAGCAGAAAGCACAGGAAAGCUGGAAGUCUGUGAUACUAGACCAGGCCUGGAUCCUGCAAGAGGUUUGGGGAUCAAGGCUCUUAGCCAGCGGGCCCUGGCCUGAGGCUGCCUCGGGAAGUGAGGCAUGUGAGGUCUGCUGAGGGCAUGGCAAGUAGAACCCUGGCCCUGUGUGAGGUGAGGCUUGGUUGCCGGGUGACUGUCCCUGGGCAGCUCCCUGCUGUCAGCAGGACUCUGCUUGCUGUGCUCACCCCUCAGCUGCAGCCACCCUGGUACUGCUCCUUCCCUUGCCACCAUGUCACGUCAACUCAACAUGGAUACGCUGCGGCAGAACUUCUGGAAGGAGGAAUACCUGAGGGAGAAGAUGUUGCGCUGUGAAUGGCAUCGCAAGUACGGGUCGAUGGUGAAGGCCAAGCAGAAGGCUAAGGCUGCAGCUCGCCUGCCCCUCAAACUGCCCACCCUACACCCCAAAGCCCCACUCUCACCCCCACCUGCCCCCAAAGCAGUCCCUUCCAGGGCCACCAGCCCUGCCCAGGAGGCUCCUAUUCAGUCAGAAAUGUACCCAGUGCUGCCUGCCACCCGAGCCCUGCUGUAUGAAGGCAUCUCCCACGACUUCCAGGGACGCUACCGAUACCUCAACACCCGAAAACUGGACAUGCCCGAGAGGCGCUACCUCUUCCCCAUCACCACCAACUUCACAUACGGCUGGCAGCUGGGGCCCCCAGCGAAGCAAAAACUGGUCUCCUGCAAGAUGUGCCGCAUUGAAUCCUUCUUCCGCAAGAACGGGGCCUUCGCACUGCUUGACCCCCGGGACCUGGCCCUCUGACCUUGGCCAGGCAGUAGGCUUAGGGGAGAGAAGAAGAAAUACCAAGCCUCCUGGUGGGGCGAAGCUGCUGUGUGUGUCUGUGUCUCUGGCUCUCCCAGGCCCUGAGGCUGCCUUCUGGGCCUUUCUGAAACCACCUCCCACUGCAGUUGCUGACCUGCAGGUUUCCUUUUGUUUUUUCCUUAACCGCAGUGUCUUUAAUCAUCCCCUUGAAGGUUCAGCAAUGGCUACAGGGGGCGGGGAAGUGUGAGCACUACUCUCCUGGUGCAGGCUCCUCAGCGCCAGGGGGCCACAGUAGCUGCUGGAAGUUCUGGGUGUUCCUGGGGAUAGAGUAGCCUGUCAUCCCAGAUGCCAAAGAAAGGGACCACCACUGCCCCACAAGACUCCCCGCCCACCCCCUCACCUGGCCCCGAGGGCCCGCAGCCGCCCGGUCCUCUCCCGGUGCACCUGUUCCAGUUGCUCCCGCAGGGCGCGCCGCUGCCCCGCCGCGUCCUCCUGGGGCGGUGCCGAGCGCUAAGCACCCUCGCCUCUCAGCCCACCGCUCGACGGAGCCCGCAGGGGGCGGCACCCGGGUAGACCUCCCCUCCCGCGCUCGGUAGGUGUCCUACCGUAGCAGGUGCGCGGGCCACGCACUUCAAAGGGACCCAGGUCG